AUGCUUGAUCUGAAGAUGAAGGAGGCGUGUCGCAUCUGUGGACGGGAGCUCUGCGGUAACCAGAGGCGAUGGAUCUUCCACCCCACUGCCAAGCUCAAUCUGCAGGUGCUGCUGUCUCACGCUCUGGGGCAAGAGCUGACCCGAGAUGGCAGAGGAGAGUUCGCCUGCUCCAAGUGCACCUUCAUGCUGGAUCGCAUGUACCGCUUCGACACGGUCAUCGCCCGUGUGGAGGCCCUAUCCAUCGAAAGGUUGCAGAGGCUCCUGCAGGAGAAACAUCGGCUGAGGCAGUGUAUCGGUGGGCUGUACCGGAAAACAAAUUCAGAGGAGGGUGCCGUAACAAUAGCCGGACCUAAUGAAAGGCAGGGAGACGGGAUGGUGGAUAUUUCAGGCCUAACCCAUGCCAAGUACUGUGCUCUGCUCCAGGAUGAUCUGGUCUACUCUUUGUAUGAGUCUUGGGCAGAAGAUGGCCUGGACUGCCAACAUCACCACCACCCUCAGUGUCCUGCUGGUCCAGGGUCAGAGGUCACGGGCUCACACCGCUGUGCACCCAGCACUCCCAGGAGGUGUCGGGGAUGUUCCCACUGGCGGGUGGCAGACUCAGACUACGAAGCUGUCUGUAAGGUGCCCAGAAAGUUGGCACGGAGCAUCUCUUGUGGGCCAUCAACCAGAUAUUCAGCCAGUGUCAUUGGAGGGAGUGUGAUUGGAGGUGGUGGAGAACGAGAGAGAAAACAUGUGGAAGAUUCAGAAGAAGCCCCCUCCUCUUUAACGCUGGUCCCUGGAUCUCAGGACCCAUCGAGGACAUCCGACAGUGAUCGCACUCUGGCUGGACGAGCUAGUUCCAGCCCCUCUGUAGCAUCCUUGGAGGAAUACACGCAGCCUGGAGCUAUAACAGAUGGACCGCUGAGCCCCCACCGGGAAGCAAUAGAAGACCAGAUAUCUGACUCCCUCUCUGAGGAGCACAUUGGAACCCCACAUGGCCAAGCCUCGCCUGGAACAAGCCUCUCUCUGGCUCUCUGUUUGCUGCAAAGCUACGCUGUCUACAGACCGGUCCGGUGCACCAAGGGGAGCAAGCUGCCAGUCUUGCACCGACAGAGCUCCCGUAACGGAGGCUCGAGGCUGGCCUUCCCUGAUCCUGUUCUGGGACUGUCUUACGGGACUCCAGACAUAGAAAGAGACAAUCACAUGCCAACACCUGAGCUGGAGACCCCUCUGAUCAGGCUGGAUGUUGGCAUGGAUCCCGAUCUGAACAUGACUGACAUGGUGGAUUUUUUGGAAGAUUUGUACAAAGAGUAUCCUCCCCCACCUCCCCACCAGGUAUAAGACCUUGAUGAGAGUGU